CCGGACACUAUUGGCUGUUGUACCAUAGUCACCCGGACACUCAGGGGAAACACACGAGGAGUCGGAUCGAGAUCAAGAUGAAAAUGGACAUGGGUUUGGAGAAUGAUGUCUCAGGAACCUUUGGUGAAUUUCUCCUGCACACCUUCUCGAUAGAAAGCCCUGCUACUAAUUGAUAGUGGAAGGAAUGAAGGUUUCUUGAGCAGGUGUGCGAUCGUGGCUGUUGAAGGUAAAAUGUCACCAGGGAAAGAGAAAAUUGGAAAGGGCACAUUUAAAAAGUUCAGCAAAUCCAAUAAAAAAUCAUCAGAUUCUGAAACUGUGAAAAAAUUGAAAGGCGGAGGUGGGAAAGGAAAAUCCGCUCAAAAGAAUGAGAAAGGGGCAGAAACCAGUAAUGCCAAAAAGCUAAAACAUGCUACUAGAAAAGUAAAUGCAACAAAGUUCAAGGGAAGGCAGCAGACUGGGAAAAAAAGGAAACAGGUUGCUGGAAACAAAGAGGGCACAACAGCAAAGAAACCCAAAUGGGAUGAUUACAAAAAGCAAAAGAAAGAUCUAAGACAAAACAGACAACAGGACAAGAAAACCAAUUAUGAUUUAAUUUUUCGCUCAAAGCAUAUAUGGGAAACUGUAAGAAGGAAAGAGUGCAAUAAAGAGAAGAGGGCGGAAUUGAUGAAAGAAUUGCAGCAGUUAGUCCAUGGAAACAUUAAAAAUAUUGCUUUUGCACAUGACUCUGCUAGAGUUAUCCAGUGUUAUAUUCAGUUUGGAGAUGAAAAACAAAGACAAGAGGUCUUUGAGGAAUUGAAAGAACAUUUGGUUAAUUUAAGCAAAUCCAAAUAUGGCAGACAUAUUGUGAAAAAAAUUUUGAUGUAUGGAAACAAGCAGCAAGUAGCAGAAAUAAUUAAAAGUUUUAAAGGUGAAGUGAGAAAAAUGUUACGACAUUCUGAGGCAUCAGCAAUUGUGGAAUAUGCAUACAAUGACAAAGCAAUAUUAGAACAGAGGAAAAUGCUAACAGAAGAACUUUAUGGAAAUACGUUCAUGACUUGCAAGUCUGUAUUUUGUCCAACAUUGGACAAAGUUCUUGAAUCUAAUGCGGAUAAACGAGAGGGCAUAAUGGGAGAAAUGAAAGAAAUCCUCACUCCUAUGGCACAGAAAGAAGCAGUAAUAAAGCACACAUUGGUACACAAAGUAUUUUUGGACUUCUUCACGUACUGCCCUGAUAAAAUGAGAACGGAAAUGAUUGAAGCUGUGAGAGAAGCAGUCAUUUAUAUGGCUCAUACACAUGAUGGAAGCAGAGUGGCUAUGCAAUGCUUAUGGCAUGGAACAUCCAAAGACAGAAAAAUUAUUGUGAAAACAAUGAAGACCUACAUAGAGAAAAUUGCCACUGGUGAAUUUUCACAUUUGGUUCUCAUGGCAGCUUUUGACUGUAUAGAUGACACAAAACUUGUGAAACAGAUCAUUCUAUCAGAGAUCAUCGAAGCCUUGCCGAACUUGAUUGACAAUAAAUAUGGCAAGAAGGUUUUGGUGCAUUUACUAAGUCCGAGGGAUCCAGCGCAUACCGUGCCGGAGAUUAUUAAACUUCUACAACAAGGUGAUGGGAAUGCUCACAGUAAGAAGGAUUCAGAUAUUCGUCAACAUGAGUUGCUGACAGCCAUCUCGCCAAGUUUGCUGAAAUACUUACAGGAGAAUGCUCGGGAAAUGGUGAUGAAUAAGGCGAAAAGUGUCAUUGUGGCAGAUAUUCUGGGCCGUGCUAUUGGUGAUUUGCAGCCUGCCAUAAAUGCUAUCGUUGAAGUGGCUGCAGAAGACUUUGUACCUGGAGGCGAUAAUGGUGAGCUCCACAUGGUAGAGCACCCUGCAGGUCACCUGGUUCUUAAGUGGUUAAUAGAACAAGAUGGAAAGAUGGAGGAACUUGGAAGGCCAGAGUGCUUUGCAAGAACAUUAGUAAAACAUGUUGGAAUUGAAAAGUUAAAGUCCUGGGUGCAGGUAAACCGUGGAGCUAUUGUGCUUUGUUGCCUUCUUCAGAGUAAGAACGAAGAUGUAUCCAAGAAAGUAAACAAAGCCCUCAAGAGCCUCAUUCCAAAGUUAAAGAUGAUGGAAAAUGUGAAGGGUGUAGAAAUGUUGAUAGAAAAAUUGACUGCCUAGUGAAGACAAACAGUAUUGCACUUCAGUAAAACAGCUCAAAAUGUUUCGUACUUAUAAAUUGUAAAGGAAUAAUAAUUUUAAAAGAAUAAGGAAUUGUUACCGGAACCUUUUGCAUAUUGGGGUGGUGUCAGCUAUUUUCAAGUUCCAAUGUUUCAAAAUACAUCUUUUACAAUUGAAGGCAUAACCAACUGAUUUCUGACCUUUAACAUCAGUAUUUCUUUGGGAGGACUUGAAUAUAGCAACUGGUGCUACAAAGUAGACUACUGCCAUUCCUAUUCACACUGUUAAUAUGAGGCAUGUUUGCAAAACGUUUCUUCUAUGGACUUUUUAAAAUUUGGUUAGCCCAAGUUGUGUUUUUAUAGAAUAAAAUAUAUAAAAUAAAUGUAACAUAUACCACUAAAUUACAUGAAAAGAAUCACUUCUGCAUUCUUACUGCACCUUAUAGCUGUAUUAUCAUACAAUUCACUUUUUCCAUCACUUCACUUUAUACCCUGAAGUGAAAUGUUUCAGUACAUGAAUCCACAUUCAUCAAUGUGGAUGACAUUGGUAGCUUCCAACAGCAUGUACAUUCAAGACCAACCUGUUAAAGGAAAUGAAUUAUUUUCAUUGAGGCUUUGUAUUGUAAUAUUUUAGAUUUUACCUAUUUGCCUUUUAGAUCACAUAAUUGGAUGCAGGGUUAAAUUCACUUCAGUAAGUAGCUAUGAGAGAUAUGUAGACUAAUUGGCUAUUGAUGUGAAAAUAUAACGUCAUUGAGUAGGGACUGCAGUCUGUUGUUCUUUGCGUUAUAUUAGCACUGACAGAAUGUAUCCUGCAUGUUCCUGUGAAAGUGAUGGAAAAGGAUAGACAAGAUUUGGGAACGUUGGAUGACGACAAAUUGUGAACUUAGUCAGUAAUUAAGAAGAAGGCAUAAGUAGGCUUACGAAACUGAGGAUAGAGCCCUCGAAGAAUAUUUAAAAAAUCAGGAAAGGACUUAAACAAGGACUUGGAAGGACUAAAAGGGACCAUGAAAUGACCUUGACAAGCAGGAUUAAGGUUUUUUAAUAUGUAUAUCAGGAACAAGGUGGCAACUAGGGAAAGGAAGGACAAAGGAGGACAUUUAUAUAAAACCAGAGGAUGUAGAUAAGAUCCUUAAUAUGAAUACUUUGUAUUGGUAUUCACAAAAGAGGAGGACAUGGUGGAUGGUGACUCGAGAGAUGGGUGUGUGAUAUUACUGGGUAUGCCAGUGUAAAAAGAUGAUGGCAUUGGGUGUUUUGAAAAGGAUUAAACUAGGUAACACACAAAAAUAAUACUUUGUGUGACAAUCAAUCAAUCAAAAGUCUGCAGAACCUGAUGGGCCCUUUCCCAGGAUAUUGAGGGAGGAAAUUGCUGGGCCUUCUUUGAAAGUUUUGUCUGUUUAGUCACAAGUGAGAUCCCAGAGAACUGGAGAAUAGCCAGCAUUGUUCUUUUGUUUACAAAGGGCAGCAGUGAUAAACUGAGAAAUAACAGGCCGGUGAGCCUUAUGUCAGUGGUGGGGAAAUUAUUGGAGAAGAUUUUUAGGGAUAGGUAUAACUCACAUUUGGAAAACUAUGGACUUAAUAGCAACAGACAGCAUAGCUUUGUGCAGGGGAAGGUUGUGUUCAUAAUCUGAUUUUUUCCAGUUUAUGUAUAGAUUAAAACCAUCCCGGAGUUUUGCCACCUUAUUGCAAUCACUCAAUAUUUCUUUAAUAAAACAGAGAACCGUAAAUGCUGGAAAUUUAAAACUGGAGAAAUUCAGCAGGCCUGGCAGCAUCUAUGGAGAGAGAAAUAGAAUUUGGGGCGACACGGUGGCUCAGUGGUUAACACUGCUACCUCACAGCUCCAGGGACCCGGGUUUGAUUCCACCUUCGGCUAACUGUCUGUGCGGAGUUUGCACAUUCUCCCUGUGUCUGUGUGGGUUUUGUCUGGGUGCUCUGGUUUCCUUCCACAGUCCAAAGAUGUGCGGGUUAGGUGGAUUGGCCAUGCUAAGUUGCCCGUAAUGUUCUGGGAUGUAUAGAUUAGGUGGGUAAUAGGGGGAUAGGUCUCAGUGGGAUGUUCCUAGGGUUGGUGUGGACUUAUUGGGCUGAAGGGCCUGUUCCUACACUGUAGGGAUUCUGUGUGUUGACAUUUUGAGUCCGGUGACCCUUCUUCAAACGGAUAGCAUGAAGGAAAAUGUAUUUAUUCUGAUGACACAGGGUGGGGAAGGAGUCCCUUGAAAGAUGGAGGUGGAACACAGUGAGGGUGGGGAGAAGUUAAGCAGACAAAGGGAUGGUCGAUUGUAAGCUAGGGAAGGAGAAAAUCUAGGUAGGUGUUAGUCGCUAGUUUCUAUUCUUGACUUAAUAUUUCUUGUUGUAUGCAUCCUCCUUUGUGGUUACUUUUCAGGAGGCAGUAGGUAAUCAGUCCCAUUUGUAACUUUUUCCCCCUUCUAUUCCCCAUCUCCAUCCAAAACAAUACUACUACCUCAUCUGAGGUUUAUGGUGACCAGGUGGGUGAGUGGAGCUGAGUCCGUAAAUAGACCAGGCACCAUUUUAUUGAAUGGCGGAGCAGGUUCAAUGGGCCAAAUGGCCCACUCCUACUUCUAUUUCUUAUGGUCUUAUGAAUCAAGGUCAUUUCCAACUGAUGCAUCAAUAUUUGAUUAGGAGUGAUAUCCUUCCGCUUUUAUCUAGCUUCCUAUUUUUGAAUAUCAUUGAUAUACAUUGUAAACAGUUGAGGCCCCAACACUCUGACAUUCUGAUAGUUACAGCCUGCUGAUCCUUAAAUGACCCUAUUUAUUCUACUCUUUAAUGUUAGCUAUACAACCUUUCGCCCAUGCUAAUACGAUACAUCCGCACCCCCCUUUCGGUAAGCUCUUAUUUUGUGUAGCAACUCUUGUUGGGGCACUUUGCCAAAUGCUUCUUGGAAAUUCAAGUACGCAUCUACAAGUUCUUUAUCCAUGUUUCUUGUUGAUCCCUAAAAGAACAGUCUCAAAUCAAUAUGAUUUCCCCUUAACAGGCCAUGUUGACUGAUCCCAUCAUGACUUCCUAAGCACUGUACCGUAACCUCCUUUAAAUAUUGGAUUCUAGGCCAUUUCCUAUGAGUUGUGGCAGGUUUACUGGCCAAUAGCUUCUUUGUAAAUUUGCCAGCUGGCUUAGUGAGUGGACUCUCAGGCAUUGUCCUCAGUCAUUGGAGAUUUCAGGAGCAAUAGAAAAAUACAUGGAUGAUGGAACUAGUCUGUAGAUUCUACUUAGAAAGUGUAAUAUUGUAUAUUUUGUACAGUAAUUGGUAUGAAAUAAUUGUAUUUUCCUGGAGUAUGUUGAGGACGCAGUGGCCGAGUGGUAUUAUCACUGGAUUGUUAAUUCAGAAGCUCAGCUAAUGUUCUGGAGAACUCAUGGCGUAGCAUAUAUGGUGGAAUUUGAAUUCAAUUUAAGAAUCUAUAUGAACACAAACCAAAAGAUUUGUUCUUUGCCAAUCAGUUUUUUUUUGUUAUUGUCCUGCAUCAGAUGGAAACAGCUUUGCUAUUGUUAAUUUUUCUUCAUCCUUCAUUAUUUUAAAGACAUCUCCAGGAUCUCCACUGAAUUUCCUGUUCUGCAAAAAGAACAGUUCUUCCCCAACCCCCAGGUUCUCCAGCCAUCUAACAAACACCAAUCCCACACUGUUUAAGAUAUUCUUCUUUUUCUCUAUAUUGCUGCAAUGUCAUAAUGUUCUUUAUAAAAUGUGGUGCCCAGGAUUGGACAGCUUGAUUCAGACUUGCCUUUUUCCUAUAUUUUAAUGUAACUUCCUGGUUUUUGUACACUAUGCCUCUACUUACAAAGCCAGGGAUCCCAGAUCCUUUUAUUUAAAAUAUAUUGAAUAAAUUCAGAAGGAGUAACUGCCAGACAGCAUUUUUUUAAGGUACAGCACAUUAACCCUCUAGAAAUUGCUUUUAUUUUUGUCCUGCAUUUAACAUCCAUAAUCUGUAUGAAGUAAAAGAGGAAGGCAAGCUGAAUACAUCCUUUGUCACGUAAAAAUUUCCAGUGUAGCAUGCUUGAUGCUCUUUUGAUUACCUGCACAAAGACGGGCCAUCAGUUGGAUGGGGAGAAGUGAGUAAGAUUUCAUAUACAACUUUAAAUGUGCUGCCUGCUGUCUUGUAUUAAGCAUUAGUGUGCUAAGAUUGCCAAUAUUAAUUUCAAAAAUAAAAUAUUUAUUUGCAUUGCAGUAAGAGGAAGAUGGUGCACUGUACAAUUUACAAAGAAUUGAACAUAGAACAGUACAGCUAAACUAAUCCCUUUGUCCAUAACCCUCCAUUCCUUCCAUAUUUAUGUGCUUACCUAAAAGUCUCUUGAAUACCCUUAUUGUAUCUGCCUCCAUCCCCUGGUGGUGUGUUCAGACUCCUACCACUCUCUGUGUAAAAUCUUGCCCCUCACACCUCCUUUGAACUUACCCCCUCUCACCUUAAAUGCA